UUAAUCACGGAUAUUUAGCGUUUUCCCAAGAAAAAGAGAGAAUAUAAACCAAUAGAAUAAUUGCCAGAGAAGAAGGGAGAAGGAGGAAGCAAAGAAAAGUGGCGUGUUCUUCUCUCCAAUAUUCUGCCGCCAUUUCUUCUUCUUCUCCUCGAUCUCACUCUUCUAUAUAUACAUAAGAGCCACAUACAUAGAUUCAUAGCUCAAUCUCAGCUUCAUUUUCUCAAUCCCACGAAAUAUUCGGAUCAGAGAACUUGAAUGGUGACGAAGGGAAUGCGUGUAGGGAAAUACGAGCUUGGGAGAACUCUUGGGGAAGGCAACUCUGCCAAAGUCAAACUCGCUACAGAUACUAUCUCCGGUCAAUCCUUCGCCGUCAAAAUCAUCGACAAGUCUAGCAUAAAACGACUUAACGUCUCUUUUCAGAUAAAGAGAGAGAUCCGGACACUGAAAGUCUUAAAGCAUCCAAACAUCGUCAGGUUACAUGAGGUCCUGGCUAGCAAAACCAAGAUCUACAUGGUCCUUGAAUGUGUCACUGGAGGAGACUUAUUUGACAGAAUUGUCUCCAAAGGGAAGCUUUCCGAAACAGAAGGAAGAACAUUGUUUCAGCAGUUGAUUGAUGGAGUCGGCUAUUGUCAUAACAAGGGAGUUUUCCACAGAGACCUAAAGCUAGAGAAUGUUCUUCUUGAUGCAAAGGGACACAUUAAGAUCACUGAUUUUGGCCUUAGUGCUCUACCUCAGCAUUUUAGGGAAGAUGGGUUGCUACAUACAACCUGUGGGAGUCCAAACUAUGUCGCACCUGAGGUCCUAGCCAACAAGGGCUAUGAUGGUGCAUCAUCAGAUAUAUGGUCGUGUGGAGUCAUCUUGUAUGUUAUCCUUACGGGGUGUCUCCCUUUUGAUGAUCCAAACCUUGCGGUUCUUUGCCGUAAGAUAUUCAAAGGGGACCCUCCAAUACCUAGAUGGCUAUCAGUGGGUGCUAAAACCAUGAUCAAGAGGAUGCUUGAUCCAAAUCCAAUCACGAGGAUGACAAUCGCAGGAAUUAAAGCCAAUGAUUGGUUCAAACAUGACUACGCUCCUUCCAAUUUUGUUGAUGAAGAUCAUGUAUCCUUAAUCCAAGAAGAUGUAUCUAUAGAAGAGAAGCGGCCUGAUUCACCAACCGUCAUCAACGCCUUUGAGUUGAUCGGAAUGUCUUCAUUUCUCGACCUCUCCGGUUUGUUUGAGACAGAGAAAAUAUUAGACAGGCAGAUAAGAUUCAUAACAGAUAGGUUAGCCAUAGAUGUAUUGGAGAAAAUUAAAACAACCCUUAUGGAGAUGGGUUUCUACGUACAGAAGAAAAACACAAUGUUAAAAGCAAUCGAACAAGAGAGCAACCGAAAAGGACAAGGCGGGUUAUUGUUAACGGCGGAGGUUUUCGAGAUAAUCCCUUUGCUGAAUGUGGUCGAACUAAGAAAGAAACAUGGCGAUUCAUUUAUAUAUGAACAAUUGUGUGACAGACUAUCAAACGAAUUAAGCACAUCAUCGCAUGUUCAAAAGCUUUAAAAGGUAGCCAGGAGCAGGAAACAAAUGUGAAACUAUUCGAAAUUUGCAUCCGGAAUGAUAGAGGAUUUAUGUAUAUAAAAAUUAUAUUAUCUUGUAUAAAAUUGGUACAUUAGCCAAAGACGAAAAGUAUAUUCUUUUGUAAACAUUACAUUGUCCCCGAAUCUGUUCAUUGGCAAAUAUUCUCUCUGUUCCAUUUU